AUGAUAUCCAGCAGACGAGAUACCAAGACCGGAACUGUGCAACCAGACAUUGUUGUUGGCACUGAGACGUGGCUGGACUCGUCAGUGGGCAGCAGCGAAAUCUUUCCGGACACGUACAAUGUGUUCAGGAGAGACAGAGCUGGCCGGGGAGGGGGUGUGCUUGUUGCUGUAAAGAACAACAUCAUAGCAACCCACCACCCAGACCCGGACUGUCCCUGCGAGUUGACCUGGGUCCGGGUCCAUCUGGCUAACAGUAAGUCCAUCUACAUAGGGGCCUACUAUCGCCCCCCCUCAGCUGGUCAUGAUGAUUUUGCAGCACUAGAAAGAUCAGUGCUGCAAAAGCGGGCUAAUAACAACAAUGCCCACAUCUGGCUAGCAGGUGACUUCAACCUGCCUGAUGCGACCUGGAACCCUGAAGCUAAUACCACCGCUUCCAAUCCAUCCACUCUCACUAGCAAUUACAUCAGCCUUGCCAAUGACUGUGGUCUGGAACAAAUGGUCUGUGAACCAACUCGUACUGUGGGGCAAACUUCGAACACCCUGGAUCUGUUUCUCACCACAAAUUCCACCUUAGUGGAGAGAGUCAAAAUCUUACCAGGUCUCAGCGAUCAUGACAUCCCGCUGAUUGAUGUUCAAGUAAAGCCCCAAACAUCAAACUCAAAAGAUCGGCUCAUAUACCUGUGGAGGAAAGCUAACAUCGAUGCACUUCAGCAGGAUAUGGCAACUUACAGUCGAGAGUUUGCAGACCAGGCUCAGCACAACACUGCCUCAGAAAACUGGGAGCUGUUUAAGGCAGCCGUUAGUGGUGCUGCCAAUAAGCAUGUCCCCAGGAAAAAAGUGAGCGCACAAUCCAACAAACGUUGGAUAACUCCCCAGAUUCGCAAAGCUAUGCGUAAGCGGCUGAACUUUUCCAAGGCUAGGAGAUCCAACUCCAAUGAAGCCUGGGCAAAGUUCAAGAGGUGUAGGAAGGGCGUUAAGCAGAGAGUUAGGAAGGCCCAUAGGGAUUAUGUCUCCAACUACCUGGAGUCUAACAUCGAGGAUAAUCCCAAGUUGAAGAGACACAUGCGGACUCACACAGGGGAGAAACCCUACAAAUGUGAAGAGUGCAGUAGACAGCUCAGUCAGCUGGGUGAUCUCAAAAGACACAUGCGGACUCACACAGGGGAGAAACCCUACAAAUGUGAGGAGUGCAGCAGGCAGUUCAGUGUGCUGAUUGCUCUAAAUACUCACAUACGGACUCACACAGGUGAGAAACCCUACAAGUGCGAGGAGUGCAGUAGCCAGUUUAGUCAGCUGAGUCAUCUGAAGACUCACAUGCGGACUCACACAGGGGAGAGACCCUACAGGUGUGAGGAGUGCGGCAGGCAGUUCAGUGACCUGAGUGAUCUGAACAAACACAUGAGGACCCAUACAGGUGAGAGACCGUACAAGUGUGAGGAGUGCAGCAGGCAGUUUAGUCGGAUGUAUAGUCUGAAGAAACACAUGCGGACCCACACAGGGGAGAAACCCUACAGGUGUGAGGACUGCGGCAGGCAGUUCAGUGAGCUGGGUCAUCUAAAGAAACACAUGCGGACUCACACAGGUGAGAAACCCUACAAGUGUGAGGAGUGCAGUAGGCAGUUUAGUCGGCUGGGUCAUCUGAAGACUCACAUGCGGACUCACACGGAUGAGAAACCCUACAAGUGUGAGGAGUGCAGCAGGCAGUUCAGUCAGCUGUAUAGUCUGAAGGCACACAUGGGAACUCACACAACGGAACUUGUAGAAGUAAGUUGCAAAUCUAGAAGGAUGUCGACAACAAGCCGUGCCCAGAGUUUGGGUGGCGUCAGGAGAAAGACGGAAAUGGAUAUUUCUGUGCGAUCUGUCAGACGUGAGAAACGCUACAAGUGUGAGGAGUGCAGCAGGCAGUUCAGUAAGCUGAGUCAUCUUGAGGAACACAUUCGUACUCACACAGGUGAGAAACCCUACAGGUGUGAGGAGUGCAGCAGGCAGUUCAGUAAGCUGGGUAAUCUGAAGGCUCACAUGCGGACUCACACCGGUGAGAAACCUUACAGGUGUGAGGCAUGCAGCAGUCAGUUCAGUCACCUGAAUACUCUAAAGAAUCACUUGCUGACUCACACAGGUGAGAAACCCUACAGGUGUGAGGAGUGCAGCAGGCAGUUUAGUCGGCUGGAAUCUCUCAAGACGCACAUGCGAACUCACACAGGAGAGAAACCUUACAAGUGUGAGGAGUGCAGCAGGCAGUUUAGUCACCUGGAAUCUUUCAAGACGCACAUGCGGACUCACACAGGGGAAAAACCCUACAAGUGUGAGGAGUGCAGCAGGCAUUUCGGUCAGGUGGGUGAUCUGAAAAAACACAUACGGACUCACACAGGUGAGAAACCUUACAGGUGUGAGCAGUGCAGCAAGCAGUUCAGUCACCUGAGUAAUCUGAAGAAACACAUGCGGACUCACACAGGGGAGAAACCCUACAAGUGUGAGGAGUGCAGCAAGCAGUUCAGUCAGCUGGGUGAUCUGAAGAAACACAUACGGACUCAUACAGGUAAGAAACCUUACAGGUGUGAGGAGUGCAGCAAGCAGUUCAGUCGGCAGUACAGUCUAAAGAAACACAUGGAAACUCACAAAUGAACUUGAACAAGUGUGAGGGAGUCAAGUUAGCAUUUCCGUCAGUAAAUGGCAUUGGUAGACUCACACAGGUGAGAAACAGGUGUUAAGUGUACCGAUGAAGCCAGCAGGUGGGGAAGUGAAUCAGAUCAGACAGUUUAGUCAGCGGUUGAACCUGAAAAGUUACAUGCACUGACAUGUUGUCAGUAAAGCCAGUUCAGGUCAUGUUUUUGAGGCGCCAGCCUUUUCUGUUAUGGGAUUCAUUUUGAUUCCAUGUAAAAAGUGAAGUUCGCUUACCCGUGGUGUUCCAAGAUGGUAGUUUUGUUGAGUGUGUAUCAUGUUUCAUUUCAUUUCCUGUUUCGUAACUUCUGUGGAAUACUGCACAUCUUGUUAGAACUGUUUCGUAGCAAACUAGAAGCCAACUAUUGUAGAUCUUGUUUUAAUUGUUUUGUAGUAAACUAGAAGUUAACUAGAACCAGCACGUUUUGGUAUAUCUGUAGAACAGUAGUAAGAUAUGUCUACAAGGCAGGAAAAAGUAGAAUUUUGUUGGCUGUUUUGCAAUUCCUUU